AAGCUGAUUGCUGUCUAAAACCCGAGGAGUCGUACUUGACCGUUGUGAAACUCUUCUCUGAUCGCCGUCGCUGCUCAUCCUUUGACGCGAAAGUUCUUAGAAAGGAGUUUCACCUCGGCUUGGGCGGGCUAUGCGGCGACGCGAGGAAGGAAUCUACCCGGAUCUCCAGCUCGCCCGAGUGACGAAGCAUCCAACAGGCUAAUGCCCGGGUUCUAUAAAGCUCACCUCUCGAUGAUCCAUCAUACCCACAAGUCUUCGACUGUACACUUACUUCACAUUCCCAUCGCGAUUCCAAAUUGACCCAACUGCAUUCACAACCGCCAAGCAGAGACUCACAUUUCCAAGCGGAAACCCACAUCACGAUGACCACCCGCUCCAGCUUGACCAAGUUCCUGGGCAGCUGUCUUGGCUCCGGGAGGAUGAUCGAUCGACAACCAGAGUUGACUUACCCAGAUGACUCUGAAAAUGCCUUUGCAACCUAUACGGAUGCUGAAGAGAAGACGAACACGAUGCCGAAAACCCCAGACUACACAGUCAUUAUCUUACCCAACGCUCCAGAAAACAUGGGGUUCCAAGCCAUAGGGACGUUUGCCAGCGAGACUAAUGGUCAUGACGAUCUAUUCGACCCAAGAAGGACUCAGAGAUCCUCCAAAACGAAGACCGUUGCAGAGGACACACUCACAAUACAGUUUGCUGAUGAAGCAGGUAGAAUUGAGCCGAUUCAGCUGAAAGGUUUCAUGGAAUUCUAUGAGUGUCCACCCGGGGUGAUACUGGAGGAUAUAGUCAAUUCACACACGACCCAGACCCAAUGACAGCCCCGAACAUCUUUGAGUGGUCGAUUGCAUCCAACAUACCCCGCUUUAUGCCGUUUCUGGGGCAGUUCUCACUGGCAUCAUGUCGUGCAGUCUAUAUCGAUCGUCUCUCACUUGAUGCCCCUCUCAUGAAUGGAAGAAUAUCGUCAUUUUCAGUUGUUGGAAAUCAAAGAGAGCACUGCUGGGCCUACGCCCACGAGCCAGACGAUGGACGACCUUGCUGAGCUGGCCUUGAAUGUCAUGUUAGAAUUGGCGAACGGGGACAGACUGGGGAUCAAGUCGCCAACCCUUCUCCGAG